GGCAGCCGCGACUUGAAGGAGGUCCCCGUCCCCCAAGACCUGUUAUCCCAAGUCGCGCCCAGUUGUUCCAGCGCCGCCCGCGUGGACGCUCGAGCAAGUCACACCACCAUGAUGUCGGCGCCGGGCAGAGGGUCGGCUCUGCUGAGGAGCUCGCACCGGGUCUGCUCGCAGUGCGCCCGCCCAGCGCCCAGGACACCACGGCCAAGCGCCGCUGCGAGCCAGCCUUCCCCCGCCCUGGGUCUGGCCGUACCAUUAACCGCCCGCCGAUACUAUGCCGCCGAAGCCGCCGAAGCCGCCGACUCCUUGUCACAACAAGCAUCAACAACGGCCCCUCCCCCCGUAACCACCGCCCCGGACCCAGAGACCCCCACGCCCGCUGCUGCAAGAUACUGCAUCAAAUCCUCGCUCAUCCUCACCCGCCCGCCGCUCCUCACGCGCGAGCCGACCCCCUUCGAGGCGGCCUACUACCUGUACCAGAAGCGGCUGAACGAGCGGCUGACGGCGCCGUUCCGGCGGGCCUUCUACUUCAAGCAGGACAGCGCGGCGGACCUGGACUUCCGCAUCAAGCUGCGCGAGCGCCGCGGCGUGCCGGCCAAGGACAUCGGCCGGUACAACCCGCGCGGCCGGAUGGCCUGGAACGACGAGGUCAUGGUCGGCAGCCGCCUGGCCGACCCGGCCGAGGUGCGCGACCGCCUGCUGGCCGACGCCGAGGUCCGCGUCAGCGAGGACGGCGAGCCCAUCCCCCCCGAGGAGCGUGUGCCCGUCGAGCGGCCCCAGAGCAGGCUCACCCAGGCCGACCUGGAGAACGACGUCAGGAGGUUGGAUCGCAAGCUCGACAGGACCCUGUACCUGGUGGUGAAGAGGGCGACGACCGGUGGAGAGGGCCGUGAGGCCAAGGCCGAGGGCGAGGGCCAGGGCCAGGGUGAAGGCGAGGGCGAGGACGGCGUGUGGGAGUUCCCGACCGCCGUGGUGCCCACGCAUGAGGCGUUGCACGAGACCGCCGCCCGCGCCCUUGAGGAGGCCGCCGGCGUCAACAUGAACACGUGGAUCGUCGGCCGCGCGCCCGUCGCCCACCGCGUCGUCGAGCCCGUGCUCGGCCCCGACGGCGUGUCGGUUGUCCAGCGCGGCGAGAAGAUCUUCUUCCUCAAGGGCCGCAUCAUGGCCGGCCAGGCCGACCUGACCGGCAACAAGCUCGGCCUGACCGACUUCAAGUGGCUGACCAAGGAGGAGCUCCAGGAGGUGCUGCCCCUGAGGUACUUCCUCAGCGUGCGCAAGAUGAUGGACCUCAGAUAGAACCGUGCCGGGGAUGGCGAGGAGGCGGAGGAAGGGCGUCGGUUGUUGUGCGUGGUAGAAUGGGGUAGACGGCGCACCUGACGGGGCAUAGCAAGCGAGGCGCUCUCUCGCUGUGUUUGUGUUGGUAUUGUAAAUUAGACAUGCUAUGUACAAGCCAUUUUUGCCCGCCCUCUUCGUGAAUUAAGGUUACGGAUCUUGAGGUUCUCGACGCACCGCCGGCCAGGCAAAUGCCUCCAUUUUUCACUUUUGAAAAUAUGGUUACCAGUACAUAGAAGCAUGUCUGCGAGUUUUGGCGAUUCCUUUCUCCUUGCCCUACAUCUGUGCCAAGUCCAUCACCACGGCAUUUCCCAACCGCAGCUUG